CGAAAUGUCCGACCAUUCAGACAAAAGGUUCCCUUGCCAGUUCAAUAAUCUUAUCUUCACGAAUCAGAAGUGGAAUGAUACUUCUAAAGAUAGAGAUUUUAGCCCUGAUUUUCAAAAUUUUUAGACAAGAGUUUGCUAAAAGAGAUGAAGACGAAAAGAUUAUUGGGCGCAAUAAUUCUAAAACAAAGCAUUUUACUGAACCAUUUGAUCCGAAUAAACUGUUUCAUCAAGUUCCCUCAUCCGCUCCCAAAGUAGAAACUACAAAAUCAAAAACUUCCUCACAUAUAAACAAGAGUCACAAAGUUAGAAAGAUAAAAAUAGAUAAAGAAUCAAAGAAAAAGAGGCCUGAUCGUAGCGCAAGAGUCUAUAAAUCGCAGUAUAACAAGCCACUAAUUUUGGUAGACAAAGAACAUGGCGGUAGCAAGAACAUAAAAUGUAAAAUCUCAACUCCAAAAUACACUCAAGUUUAUCCUAAAUAAGGCCAACUUGAUGAACUCAGGAGAUGGCCAGAAGUCCAAGGAAAGAAAGAAGAAGAAAUCUAAAGGAGAUCAUCGUGAUAAAAGCUAUAAUGCUUCUUCCAAGAAAAGCAAGAACUUUAUCGAGAUUACCAAAAUUUCUACCUGAACAAAUGCUCGUGGCAUCAGCGCAGACAAUCUGGCAGACAGUAACGCAGUGAAGAAGACAGAUAAGUACUUCAAGGGUUUAAAAUCUACCAAAAAUAAGCUAGGAAAGAUCAGUUUUAAAGUGACUAAAACUUGAAGGAACAAGAACAUAUCGAAUUUGAUAACCUCUGUUGACAGGAACAGCACUCAUAUAGAGCAAAGGAAGGACAAGGCUUUGAAAAGCUUGGGCAAAUUUAAAUAUAAAAAGGGCCAGCAUUCUCGUAGAGGAGGGGCUGACUCCAAGACGGGCUCUGAACCUAAGCAGGAAAGGAAGAAAUGAAUCUCCAUCGGUGCUCAAGAAGAGAGAAAAGUUAGAGCCAAAGUUGCUAACUCAGAUAAAGAGCCUAAUUUACAUAAUAUUUCAAAUGAUUUCACUGAUAGUUUCCUGAAUAGUGUUGGAAAGGAGAAGAUUAGAAUCCCUCUUGAAGGAGAUAUUGCUGAUCCUAGUUCUAAGAGAAAGAGAGAAGAUGCUAAAAGUACACCUAAAAAUGAAGAUUUCCUCCCUGAUUUCGGGUGCAACAAAGGAAGUUGUGCUAAAGAGUCAAAGAAGAUAAAAUCUGAGAAUCGGACCAAUUCAUACGGAAAUUCUGAAAAGAUUUCGCUUACUGGAAAAUCAAGAAGAGAGAGCUCCAAGAGAUUAUCUUUUGAUGUGAAAUUCAAGACUAAAGAUCUAGCCGAAGCAGAUAGUCUCAAAAUGAUGUCUUCUCCAAAUAGCAGCAGAGAAAGAGGUAAAAGUAAAGAGAAAUAAGAGUUUGGGGAUAACCAUGAAUCCGAUUAGUAGUAACAAUUUUAAGUAUGCUAUCGGAAACCUUCCCAUCAAAGUGAGCAGAGAUGAUGACAUGCUGUUCUCUUUUAGGAAUCAGGUUGUGACGAAUAGAUCUAUAAAGGAAAGUGAGACAAGUCAACUUCCAGAAUCAAUCAACUCAAGGCAUGGAGAGAUUACUUAUCUCCUUACAAGCUUGGAGGACAGAGUGGCUUCCUUUGUUGAAGGAUUCAAUUUGUGCCUUGAAGACAUUGAUGAUAGCCUCAAGAAUGAGAUUGAUUCAUUUAAGAUCGAUGAUAGCUUUGAUUGUGAAUUUAAAAAUAAUAGUAUAUCAGAUUUUGAAAAUCAAGAUGAAGAAGACAGUUUAGUUACACUGAUGCAAGCCCAAGAAGAUGAGUUUGACAAUGAAAAACAAUUUGAAGAUCUUAUUGAUGAAGAAGAGUUUAAUGAGAGAAGGACAAAUGAAGAUCAUCACUAUAUUUCUGAUAGCAUCACAAAAGCUAAAAGUAUUGAGCCAAAAACAAAUAUGGUUGAUACACAAGAGAAAGUUCUAGACUUCACCAGAAUAGACCCAAUGAGCUUGGGUAAAUCUUCCACCACUCCGAAGUCUAAAGCUAAGAGAAUUAAACCUCAGGUUUCUGGGAUAAAAUCGGCAAAAAGCACUAGGGCUACAAUGCCUUCUUCAAAGAAAUCUAAGCCUAAAAAGACAGUACAGACAUCUGAGAGGAAAAUACGUAAUAUUCAAUUGACAGAGGAGAGCAAGCCUCCUGGCAGAAGAAGAGUAAGCAAAAUCUCAAAGAAGAGCAUGGAUAGGAUCUGUAGUAAUCCAAAUGAAAAGAGUGGUGGCAAGUACCUCAUUCCCUCCCCUGAUAAUAGUCUUAGUGGUAGAGGUGUAAUUAAAUUCUUUUCACUGAAAAAGAGUACUUCCAGAAACGUUAAAGGCAAAAACAAAGUUACCUCUGUUUCGACCAAUAGAUGCUAUGUUAAGAAAUCAAAUAUCUUACACACAUCUAAAGGAAGUAGUAGUGGAAGGAUGGAUACGUCAAGUAAAUCUCAGAACAACAGGAAGGGGCAUCAAAUUUCUUUUUACCCUGCACCACAAAGUCUACGCAUAAAAAGAGAGGAGGAGCCUCGUUUAGAAGACAAUUGUGAAAUUCUGGAAAACAAAAAGUUCAACCCUAUGAGCACUCAAAAAUACAGUGUCCUUCCUGAAUAAACUGAGUUCUUGUAAAAAUGUACCAAAUUUAUCAUCAAUUUUAAAUAUU